CAGUUUGAUUUUAAAGUGGCGAAAAAUACAAUAGGAAUGCUAGUGAAGGAAACAUGUGAAGUUAUAUGGACGACGCUACAAUCAGAGAAGAUGCCUGAGCCAUCAAAAGAAAUGUGGUUAGAGAUAUCUAAAGUAUUUUUUGAAAAAACAAACUUUCCUAAUUGUGUGGGUGCAGUAGAUGGAAAGCAUAUAAGAUGCAGAAACCCCGAUAAUUCUGGGUCAUUAUUUUUUAAUUAUAAAAAAUAUUUUUCCCUAGUAUUAAUGGCAGUAGUUGAUGCCAACUUAUGUUUUACGUCUAUAGACGUGGGCGCUUAUGGCAAAGAAGGAGACUUAAACGUUUUUAAAGACUGUCCAAUUGAUAAAAAGUUCUAUGCUAAACAACUGAAUCUCCCAAAUCCAGCUUGCUUGCCUAAUGCCGAUGAUUUUCCACAACCUUUUGUUUUUAUUGGAGAGAAAGCUUUCGCUUUACAUUCUAAUUUACUACGGCCAUAUCCCAGACUAUCAUCAACUAUACAAGACGUAUUUUCAACUACAGACUUUCGAGGGCGAGACGAACAGUAGAAUAUGCUUUUGGUGUUUUAUCGAAUAAAUGGCGAGUUUUGCAUACAUCUAUUCAAGUCACACCAGAUUUUACAGACUCAAUUGUAAAAGCAUGUUGCGUGUUACACAAUUUUGUACGAAAAGAGACGGAUGCA